UUUUAAACUAGAUUAGAUUCAUGAACAUUAUUUAAAGAAUAUCUUUACGUAUUAAAAGAGAUCCCAAUUAUUUGGGAUCUUGGUGGAAAAUAAGUCAAGUUGUUUCCCUUUAAGCCUGGCGUGACCCUUCUGCGGGCCGCAAGAAGAACCCCGCGGUUGGUUCGACCUUUGGGACUGCGUUUGGGAAUCAUUUCUGUUGCCCCUCCUUGUCCGCCCACCACUUCAUCUUUUCCCUUGUCUCGUGCCCGUCCGUUCGCAAAAAUGGCCAUCAACUCCGCGCCUGAGUCCUCCCUCCUUUCCCUCAUCUACCGCUCUUACCCCACCGCUGUCUCUCCCGAUGCCACAGAGACCGACCUAUUGACCGUCUCGCCCAAGAUUUUCCCUCAGACCACCUUCUCCGCCCCGGAAGAGGCCGACAUCAAGCAAUGGCUGGGAACGAUCUCUGGUCUACAGGGUGCUCUUACCAAGGAUGAGAAGCCCGUCAUCACCACCAUCUUCGGACAGCUGAACAGUCACUUGGCUACGCGGACCACCAUUCUCGGGUCAAAGCCUUCCGUUGCUGAUAUCGCGGCGUAUGCCCUUCUGGCCCCUGUAGUGGAGAAAUGGAGCCCGGAGGAGCGUACCGGCGAGCAGGGCUACCACCACAUUGUGCGUCACAUUGAUUUCGUGCAGAACAGCCGGUUGUUUGCACUCCGGAUCCCUGAGGAGGAAAAGAUUGCCAUCGAUGUGAACGAUGUGCGCUUCGUGCCUAAGCCUGUGGACCCUAAGGAAGAGAAGGAGCGCAAGAAGAAGGAGAAGGCUGCUGCCCAGAACGCCGGUGCUCCGGCUGAGGGCAAGCCCCUCGUUGUUGGAAAGGGUAAGCCCGAGACUCCUAAGGAGGGAGCAGCCCCCGCCGCUGAGGGCAAGCCCAAGAAGGAGAAGAAGGAAAAGAAGGAGAAGCAGCCUAAGGCUAAGCCUGCUCCCGCUCCCGCUGCGCCCCCGUCUCCAUGCGCCAUCGACCUCCGUGUCGGCCACAUUCUUCGUGCUAUCAACCACCCCAAUGCCGACUCCCUCUACGUUUCGACUAUUGACUGCGGUGAUGCCCCCGGCUCCGAUAACACUUCUUUGGAUGAGGCUACUGGCAAGACCGUCCGCACCGUGUGCUCGGGUCUGAACGGACUUAUUCCUCUGGAGGAAAUGCAGGGCCGUAAGAUCGUCGCUGUUUGCAACCUUAAGCCUGUCACCAUGCGUGGAAUCAAGUCCGCAGCUAUGGUUCUUGCAGCCUCCCCCCGUGUCGCGGAAGGUGAGGACUCGCACGGCGGUCCCGUUGAGCUCGUCAGCCCUCCUGCCGAUGCGCCCGCCGGAUCUCGGGUGUACUUCGAGGGCUGGAACGACGCCGAGCCUGAGAAGGUGCUCAACCCCAAGAAGAAGGUCUGGGAGACCUACCAGCCCGGAUUCACAACUACCGAUGACCUCGAGGUUGCCUUUGAGGCUAGCGCUGUCCCUGCUGUGCAGGGCCAGGAAGGCAAGCCUGCGCUGGGCAAGUUGGUUACCCAGGGAGGUGUUUGCACUGUCAAGAGCCUGAAGGGAGCUACCGUUCGGUAAAGGAGAAUAAUCACUACAUCAAUCAAUAUUAAAAAUAAAGAGAGAAACAAAACCGAGCUCAGUUCUAGACCAGACAGUCCGUCGAUUAUUUAUGAAUGGUAUGGAUAUAAAAUCACUUGCGUGCAUAGUAUGGCAGUAAAAGCAACAGUGUUUUAACGUGAAACGACUUCUGUCUCUAA